AUGAAGGCAUUGGAAGCAACCGUUAGAAAAACACAAUUGGUAGCCAAAAAAAGAGCCCACACAAUUUUUGGCACACAUGGACCAACAAUACAAGUUGAUGAAGCUGAGCUUAAUAAUAACAACAAUAACAACAACAAAGAAAAAGAAAUAGUAGAAGAAGAUAACCAAGAAAAUGUUGAUCAAGAAAAUCAAGAAAACAAUGAUGAAGAUUACCAUCCAAUGAAUGGUGAAACAUAUCAUUUAGAAAAAUUUCUUCCUAAUGGAGAUUACUAUACUGGAUAUUGGGUCGAUAAUUUACCUAAUGGACAAGGUAAGUAUUGGUGGACGGAUGGAUGUAUGUACGUAGGCGAUUGGAGCAAAGGUAAAAUGAAAGGUAAAGGUGUAUUUAGUUGGCCUUCUGGUGCAAUGUAUGAAGGUAAUUUCAAGAAUGGUUAUAUGGAUGGUGCAGGUACAUAUACAGCACCAAAUGGUGAUACAUUUAGAGGUUCUUGGUUAAUGGAUUUAAAACAUGGAAAUGGUGUUAAAGAAUAUGCAAAUGGUGAUUGUUAUGAUGGUGAAUGGUGUAGAGGAUUACAAGAAAGUAAUGGAAAGUAUACUUGGAAAAAUGGGAAUUAUUAUGUUGGUGAAUGGACAAAUGGUACUAUUUGUGGUGAUGGGAAGUUGUAUUGGAAAAAUGGGAAUUUGUUUGAAGGGAAUUGGGAAGAUGGAUUGCCUAAAGGGAAAGGUACUUUUCAUUGGGCUGAUGGGAGUUAUUAUAUUGGGAAUUGGAGUAGAGAUCCAGAUGAAUUGAAUGGGACUUUUUAUCCAUCUGAGUCAUUAUUAGAAAGGGGGAAUUUUGAAUGGGAUCCUCAACAAGUUUUUAAUGUUGAUUUGAUCGGAUGUACAAUCUCACCAAAUGAUAAGGUUUCAGUGUUGCCUUCACAGAAGAAACUCGCGGUGAGGAUGCCAUCGUCGAGGCCUGUGGUGGACAGUAGUGACAACAACAAUGUUGGUGGUAAUGGGACGAGGAGGAUGUCGAUAGACGGUUCAGCAGAUAGUGAAUUUAGUAGAAUGCAGUUAUCAGGUGGAGUUGGAACAACAUUAGUUGCUACUACAAGUAAUUCUUGUUCAGAUAUCGACGCAAUGGUUGCUUUGCUGGAAUCUGAUGGAUAUAAAAUUGGGAGUUCUAUUAGGAUUCCUAAGAUUGUCAAAAGGCAAGGAAUCACAAUUUCUAAAGGGCAUAAGAAUUAUGAGCUUAUGCUCAAUUUGCAGUUGGGAAUCAGGCAUACAGUUCAAAAGCUUGGCCCUCCUCCAACACUCAAUCUCAAGCCAUCAGCUUUUGAUCCGAAAGAGAAGUACUGGACAAGAUUUCCACCUGAAGGAUCUAAGAGUACGCCGCGCCAUCAGUCUUGUGAGUUCAGAUGGAAAGAUUAUUGCCCAAAAGUUUUCAGGGCUUUGAGAACGUUGUUCAAGGUGGAUGCAACGGAGUAUAUGUUGUCUAUUUGUGGUCCCCUUAGGGAGCUAAGCUCUCCGGGAAAAAGCGGAAGCUUCUUUUACUUGACAAAUGAUGAUAGAUAUAUGAUCAAGACAAUGAAAAAGGCAGAAGUAAAGGUACUUUUAAGAAUGCUAAAUGCCUAUUACGAUCAUUUUCGUGCUUUCGAGAACACCCUUGUGACUAGGUACUAUGGCCUGCAUUGCCUGAAGCUAAAUGGACCAACUCAAAAGAAGGUCCGGUUCGUGAUCAUUGGGAAUCUCUUCUGCACCAAUUACACUAUUCAUAAACGGUUCGACUUGAAAGGAUCAACUUUUGGCAGGAUCACAGAUAAGCCAGAAUCAGAAAUUGAUACAACUACUACUCUUAAAGACCUUGAUCUCAACUUCAUAUUCAGGCUACAAAAGUCAUGGUUUGAAGAAUUCCGGAGGCAAGUUGAUAGGGAUUGUGAGCUCUUGGAACAGGAAAGAGUAAUGGACUAUAGUCUUUUAGUUGGUGUUAAUUUUAAGGAAGGAAAUGCUAGUACUGGAUAUCAAACUCCUUCUGGCUGUAGGACGCCUAUCGAAAAUGGAACAGAAGUUGAACCAAUUCAUCGGUUUACUAAAUCAGAUGUGGAUCUAUUACUUCUUAAUCCUGCAGGGUUGACUAGAACAAGUUUAGGAAUAAACAUGCCUGCAAGAGUUGAAAGGACAUUCAGGAAAAAUGACUUUGAUUUUCAGCUAAUAGGAGAACCAACAGGGGAGUUGUAUGAUGUGACAUUAUUUUUCGGAAUAAUCGAUAUCCUUCAAGACUAUGAUAUUACCAAAAAGCUUGAACAUGCAUAUAAGUCUAUACAAUGUGAUCCAAAUUCUAUAUCAGCAGUUGAUCCAAUGGCAUACUCGAGGCGUUUUCGCGAUUACAUAUUCAAAGUUUUUGUAGAGGACAAUUGA